ACAUAUUUCCAUAAAAACCACUAUUCCAAUAUGCCCAGCUGAAAUGAGAAGUCCGUUAUGGUCUCCGUUCGUACUGUUUCGACCCCGCUCGCAACAUUUCGACUGAGCGAACAUUUGUAGACCGGCAGGGGCUAGCCGCUAGUGAUUUAGCGCGUUUCCUCCGAAGUCCGCUCAACGACGCACGUCAGUUCUCCUUCGGUGUCUUUGUGGUGGUGCUUGACCGUGCAAGAAAUGGCGAGUGGCGUGGAAGUCAACGGCAUGAAUGGCUCGCCCCGAAAGCGGGCGCGGACCGCCCCCCAAGCGGGCCACGAGUCCAAAGUCAUCGUGAUCCUGGGGGCGCAAUGGGGCGACGAAGGCAAGGGGAAGGUCGUCGAUAUGCUGGCCGAAACUGUUGACAUCGUUUGCCGGUGUCAGGGUGGAAAUAAUGCAGGUCAUACAGUGGUAAUUGAAGGGGUGGAAUACGACUUCCAUCUCUUGCCCAGUGGGAUUAUACAUCCCAAAUGCCACUCGGUAAUUGGCAACGGUGUCGUCAUCCACUUGCCCGGCCUUUUCGAAGAAGUGGAGAAGAACGAGAAAAAAGGCCUCAAAGACUGGGAGAGCCGACUGAUUAUCUCAGACCGUGCCCACCUAGUUUUUGAUUUCCACCAACAAGUCGAUGGCCUACAAGAACAGGAAAAUACGCAAAAAGGCCAAGGUUUGGGCACCACGAAGAAGGGAAUCGGACCGACUUACUCGUCCAAAGCGACCAGAAAUGGGAUUCGGAUUGGGGAACUCUUGGGCGAUUUUUCACAAUUUAGCAAAAAGUUUCAAGGUUUGGUUAAUGUGUACCAGAGGAUGUUUCCGUCGUUGACUGUUGAUGUCGAGAGUGAAUUGGCAAGGUAUAAGGUUUAUGCCGAGAGAGUGAGGCCUUUGGUGUACGAAACCGUUUCCUAUCUUGAUAAAGCUAUAAAAUCAGGGAAGAAGGUUCUAGUUGAAGGUGCUAAUGCGGCGAUGCUGGACAUCGAUUUUGGUACUUACCCUUAUGUUACUUCUUCCAAUUGUAGCGUGGGUGGGGUGUGUACAGGAUUAGGUUUAUCACCUAACAGAAUUGGCGAAGUUAUUGGAGUUGUCAAGGCCUACACGACCCGUGUUGGCGAUGGCCCUUUUCCCACUGAACUACGUGAUAAAAUCGGCGAUUGUUUGCAAGAAAGAGGAGCCGAAGUCGGUGUUACAACAAAACGAAAACGUCGUUGCGGUUGGUUGGACGUCUUUCUCCUCCAAUACACUAACAUCGUUAACGGCUACACUGCUCUGUGCCUAACAAAACUCGACAUUUUAGACACUUUGCCUGAAAUUAAGUUAGGAGUUGGGUACAAGUUGAAGGGGAAAAAAAUCGACUAUUUUCCGUCCAGUGCGGCCGAGCUUGCCGAAGUUGAGGUUGAGUAUAUAACGCUUCCGGGCUGGAAAACCUCGACCGAAAACGUGCGAAAAUUCAACGACUUGCCGGAAAACGCGAAAAAGUACGUCAACAAGGUGGAGCAGUUGGUUAAUGUGCCAGUGAAAUGGAUUGGUGUUGGGAAAGGACGCGAGUCGAUAAUCACACUAGAAGAGUGAUUCAAGUUUUACAUAGUCAUAAAUGCACAUUCAAUACUUAAAUUUCAAAGAUAACAUUCAUUUAUCAAAGUAAAACAUGCAAUAGUAUUAGAUGUACAAGUACAAAUCUAGUAUUUAACUUGAGUAUUUGUCGGUUUUAAAUGAAUUUUUUUGUUUGUUUGCACGUGUUUUAUGCACAUAAACGUCGCAACUCGGUUAAAUCAUGGCUUCCAGAAACAAACUGUGCAAUUGACUGAAUCAGUAAGUAAGGUUUUGGUGCCUAAGAAAUUUGUAAAUACUUGUUUAAAAAUUUCAUCAAGUUGUUUUGGCUCAUUUUGGUUUUUUUCAACUUUGAUUUGCGUGUCUUACUGUACUUUGGAUUAAAGGGACAAUGGAAAUGCAGCAAGUACAAAAUUAUUUUAAUUUUUCGUUCCAAUGUAGGUUUUACAUCAAAUAUGUAUUUUAUUGAAUUUUUUGCUUUUUAAAGUGUUAACAGUUUUAUCCAAACGGUUUAGACUAACUUCUGUUUUUAAUUGUGGUUGUGUAAGUACUUAAUUUUGCACUUGAUGCUUUACCAUUAAUCUCGGUUUUGGCUGUUGUACAAAUAAAAAACAUAAACAAA